AUGUCAGCAGAGCAAGGCCCUCUCGCCUCGGACCAGACGUCGUGGCAGGCCACAAGGCCUCUGGUCCGCGCCGCCAUCGCAGCCAUUGUCAUAGACACAGUCAUCGUCGCCGCCAAGACCUUCUCGAGACUCGGCAUCGCCAAGCUGCGCUUCUGGUGGGACGACUUCUGGAUCAUCGUGGGCUACUUUCUGCUCAUGCCCAUAUGUGCGCUGGGGUUGAGCAUGGUCCACGUGGAAACGACCUGGAGCAACGAGGACCGAAUCAUUCUGAACCUGGAGGAGAACGCGAUCCUGUUGAAGAUCAUAUACGCCCUGCUGCAGUGCCUGCUCGCGUCGUAUGCGGCUACCCGAUAUUCCAUCCUCGCCCUUUACCUGCGCAUCUUCUCCGACAAGAAGUUGAGAAUCGCGAUUUGGGCCGUGACAGCGGAUGUGGACAAGUUCUACCGGAGCGUGACUCCUUUUAAUCUCGUCGUUGAUAUUGUCCUCGUUCUCAUGCCGCUUCCUACGGUCUGGCGCCUCAAGGCAACCAACACGCGCAAAUGGGCCCUAACAUUCCUCUUCGGAAUCGGUAUCGCAGCGCUGGUGGCCUCGGCGGUCCGGCUCUCCGUAUACGAAAAGCACACGGCCAAGUACAUCGCGCCGAGCUACACGAACGUCAUGAUCAUGUGGCUUGUGAUCGAGCCUUCGAUCUACUUAAUUGCUGCCUGCCUGCCAGCGAUGCAUACGGCCCUUGAACUGGGAGCAGGCAUCCCAACUAAAGCUCGUGUCGAGGUGGUACCUGACGAGCAGAAGACCAUCACGGAUCCCUGGAUGGAGGGCCAGGGUAUAGUGGUGACAACUGACAUCAAGGUCGAGGUCAGUCAAGAGGACCGGAUUGAACGGGUAAUUGGCUUCUAA